AUGGACCGCCGACCGUCGAUCAACCACCAAUCAGCAUCGACCAACAAAGUCCCAACUCCAUGCGCAAAAGCCCCAGUCAGACGAUCAUCCUCGUGCGAUUCCCCCCAAGAAUUUCCCAAAGCAUCGAGCUCAUCGGAUACCAACGGGCGAGAUGACGGAAACUACAGUCGCCAACUCCAGGCAGCUUCGACAGAGCUCCUCAACGACGAACGAGUGGGACUAGGGUCCAAAGCGGGACGAACCCUUCAAAAUGUCCUUAUGGAUACUGAACACCGGUUGAAGGAGCAGAGGAGGCAGUCGCUUCAUCAGCCGGGUCACAAGACGUUGACAACUAGUUAA